AUGAAGGCGCUCCUGAGACACACAGUGGGAUUUGUCAUUGCUUGUUCGGCUUAUGCUUCAACUUUCCGUGUAUUCGAUGAUACAGCCUAUCUGAACACGUCGAUUGGUUAUGGAACAACCAAUAUCAACUGGAUCCCAGCAUACGUGUGCAACCCUCUCACUAAGGGAGGCGUGCUUCCCUCAGCCGAUACCUGGAAAGACAUUGUUCUUGAAUGGAAUGUCUAUCCAAGCUAUCCGCUGGUUAUCGAUUGUGAGGACCUCUAUUUCACCGACGACUCCACGGCAGACCUCUACCUAGAAAUAAUGUCUACCCUCCAGACCUGGGCCUCGGAUGUAAUCCCUUCUGGUCAGAUCAUUGGCUGGUACGGGCUAUCUGGCAACACGAUUGUUGGGUUGUACGAUCACUACCGCAGCUUGAUCGCAAACUACAGCGACCACGCAUUCUUCCCGUCUGCCUACACUUAUAGCAGCAGUAUAACUACAUGGCACACUUCAUUGACUACUGUUCUCGAAAAAAUCAACACUAUCAACGACUCUUUGCCAGUUUGGCCAUACACGUGGCCUCAGUAUCAUGGAAAUUAUUCUUUCAUCCCGUCAAGUCUUUGGGAGGAAGAGUUGGACAUUUUGGCUGAAAAUUCGGAUGUGGAUGGUUUCGUUAUCUGGGGCGGCAAGAACCAUGCUGUGUGUGAUGAUGCUUGCCAAGAUGUUGCUGGAACCGAGCCUUGGCUAGAUGUCACUCGCACUUUUUUGGAUUCUUUAUAUGGAAUAUACAGUGGUGAUGCAUCUGUUUCAGGGUCCCAGUUAUUUAGUUGA